GCGCAUGUUCACACGCACGGUUCAAAACAUUCGCCUGACUCUGUAAACUCUGUAAUUGUUGACAAAACUGAUGAAAAUAUCGCUCGUGUUUGUUCUCGACAGCUUUAAACAUCAGUCGGGGUUUCUCCAGGAGCUGAAACACACAGCAGGCUGAUGUGGGAUCAUCAUGGAUCUGUACUGUACUGUGAGUGGUGAUCAGUCUGAUUCUGCCAGACAGCAGGAGAGACAUUAUUACCUGCUGUCAGAGCUGCAGAUGCUGGUGAAGGACCUGCCCAGCUCGUUUCAGCAGCGUCUGUCCUACACCACUCUCAGUGAUCUGGCUCAGGCGCUCAUUGAUGGGACGGUCUAUGAAAUCGUUCAAGGCCUGCUGGAUAUUCAGCAUCUGACAGAGAAAAACCUCUACAACCAGAGACAAAAACUACACAGCGAACACAGAGGUCUGAAGCAGGAUUUGAUCCGGAAACACAAGCAGGCUCUGCAGACGUGCAAAUCUCACAAUCUGUCGGUUCUGAAAACUAACCAGCGAGCUGAAACUGAGGCUCUGGAUCAGCGGGUCAAAGACGAGCAGAGGAUGAUGGACGAGAAGAUUGUGGCUGAAAUGGACCAGAAGGUUCUGGAUCAGCAGAACACGCUGGAGAAAGCAGGCGUACCAGGUUUCUACAUCACCUCCAACCCACAGGAGGUGAUGAUGCAAAUGAAUCUUCUGGAGCUGGUUGUGAAACUGCAGCAGAAAGAGACUCUCUCUGGAUCUCUGCCUUAACACAAACACAUUCAUACAGCAUUCCUGAAGCUACUGAAAGACUCAAAGCAGUCCAGCUUCUCCGUUUGUGGAUACGUUGGAAUAUGUUGAAUAUGGAAUAUGUUGAAGAUCUGUUACGACUGCUGCUGGACGAUAGGGGAAAGCUCUUUCAUUUGACAUGUUUUGAUGGUUGUGAUGUUCCCAACCGAGCAUUUGUUUAGACUUUUUUCAUUUUGUAAAUGCAUUUAUAAUGUAUUUGGCAUCUGACCACGGCACUGUUAUGCUUGUUACAUGUAAAGGAACUGUGUUUGUUUGUUAUUGAUUAAUUAUUUUUUAAAAACGA